GGUCAUUUUGUCAAAAGACAGGUCCCACUCGUUUUGACCAAAAUGAAGCGAGCACGGACACCCCAAAAGUCCCACCCCGCACCAAUUGAUCCCUCUACAGAUGAUGAAGAAUACACUCUCGCCGAAAUUGUGGAUGACGACAGCGCUUCGGACGGAGACACAGUCUUUUUCUCGGCUGAGAGUGACACGGAAGAAGUAGAUGGAAUCAACAGUGCCAGUGAAGAAGAGCCUGCUGAAGAUGAAGACGAAGGAGAUGAUGACGAAGGGGACGAAGACGAGGGGGAUGAAAUUCCAGAAGGAGAUGAAGAUGAGUUUUCGUCCGAUCAGAGUCCUGAGGAAGGGGAUGAGUUUGCUAGUUCCGGCGAUGACGAAGAGGAGGAGGAAGACGAUGGUACUGUAAGAGUACUGAGGAAAAAACCCUUGCCCGAGAUUGAUCCAGUUUACGAUGAGGAUACGUCGGAUGAGGAAACGGCCAAUACCGUCGGAAACGUGCCAAAAGAGUGGUAUGAUGAGUUCCCUCACAGUGGAUACACAGUGGACGGAAAGAAGAUUAUGAAAUCUGCGAAAGGAGAUCAGCUGGAUGCCUUCUUGUCCGCGAUGGACGAUCCUGAUACAUGGCGCUCUGUAUACGAUAAUCUCGAGGACCGGAACAUUGUACUAACAAAAGAAGAAUUGGAGAUGAUCAAACGAAUCCAAAAAGGCGAUUUCGCCGAUCCAACCUCCAAUCCCUAUGAGCCAACUGUAGAGUGGUUUUCUAGCAAGACACAAAUAACACCCCUCUCAGCGGCUCCGGAACCCAAACGUCGAUUCAUUCCGUCAAAGUGGGAAGCUCAGCGCAUUAUGCACAUUGUACGUGCGAUCCGACAGGGGCGCAUCGUGCCAGGGAAAAAGGCCGAUAAGAAGAAGCAACAGUCCCAGUUUUAUUCUAUUUGGGACGAUGCCACCGAGCCCACUGAUCGCAUCAUGCACAUCCCGCCUCCCAAGGCAUCCCUCCCAGAACAUGAGGAGUCGUACAACCCGCCAGAAGAGUACUUACCCACUCAACAGGAAAUAGAAGAAUGGGAGAAAACGGAUCCACAGGACCGACCAAGAAACUUCGUUCCAAAGAAAUACAACAAUCUCCGCAAUGUUCCUGGGUACAACCGUUUCAUCCAAGAGCGGUUCGAUAGAUGCUUGGAUUUGUACCUCUGUCCCCGUGUGAUUAAAAAGAAACUAAACAUUGACCCGGAAUCGCUCAUUCCCAAACUUCCAAACCCCCGCGACCUCCAACCCUUCCCAACGACCCUUGCUAUUACCUACAAGGGUCAUACCGCACGCAUCCGAAGCAUAUCCAUCGAUCCAACGGGACAAUACCUCGUUUCUGGCUCUGACGACAACACAGUGAGAUUAUGGGAGAUUGUUUCUGGCCGGUGUCUGAAAACCUGGACCUUUGAUGAACCCAUCACAUUUAUAACGUGGAACCCCAACAAAGCCCUCUCUCUGAUUGCUCUGGCCUCUCAUACCAGCGUGUACAUUAUAACCCCCAAAAAAGCCUCCCCCGAAAUCCAAUCAGCAACUGAUGCCUUGAUUUCGCACAUGUGGGCUAACCAAACCAAGCACACAAACGCGGAAUGGACCAAGCCAACCGAUAAACACGCUGCACAGGGACGGCUAGUGACGAUUCGGUGUGAGAAGAAUGUCACGUUUGUUACUUGGCAUAGAAAGGGAGACUAUUUUGCCACUGUUUCCCCGGAUGGAGCGAGCAAAUCGAUUUUGAUACAUCAAUUAUCAAAAGGGUUGAGUCAGAAUCCGUUUAGGAAGGCGAAAGGGUUGGUUCAACGAGUUUCGUUCCAUCCGACGAAACCCUUCUUUUUCGUAGCAACCCAGCGUACAGUCCGGGUAUACAACCUCCAAACACAAACCCACCAAAAAACCCUUCAACCCUCCACGAAAUGGAUUUCCUCCCUUUCUAUCCACCCGGCAGGUGACAAUCUCAUUAUUGGAACCUACGAUAAACGCCUGAGUUGGUUCGACAUGGAUUUGUCUUCGAAACCGUAUAAAACCCUCCGGUAUCAUAAGCAGGCUAUUAGGAAUGUUUCCUUCCAUUCUCGGUAUCCCUUGUUUGCAAGUUGUGGGGAUGAAGGCUCGGUUAAUAUUUUCCAUGGGAUGGUGUACAAUGAUUUGAUGAUGAAUCCGUUGAUUGUACCUGUUAAAACGUUGAGGGCGCAUGAAGUUGUGGAUGGACUGGGUGCCCUGCACUGUGAAUUCCACCCCACCCAACCAUGGAUAUUCUCUUGUGGUGCCGAUGCAACAAUUAAGCUCUUCUCUUGAUGUGGCGAUAAUGGAUUCUAUUGUACAUAGGGACCUGAAGUACAGCACUGUGUGUGCAUUUAAUAGAUUUAUUGCAUAUUUGCUAGAGUCUUUUGACAUGGCGCACAAAUAGAAAUAGGUUAAACGGAAUAGGAUGGCCGUAUCAAAAGGAGA